AUGGCGGACGUUGAGGCUGGUGGUCCCAGCCGGCCGAGAUAUAACAAGCGACCUCCAUCCUACAUCCAAAUGGCCCCUAAACGCGCGAUACAAUCCUUCGAGAACUUAGUUGCUUUGGCAAACUAUGAAGAGCGGCUUAGUGAAGCGAGAAAGAUGGUCUGGAGAGACAGAGGGGAGCCCGUGGCAGAAGUGGAUGAUUUGUGGGAGUGCUUAGAGCACGCCGGCAGAGGGGGGAUGAGAGCUGGUGCCCUCGCAUUCAAUAUCCGGGCAGGGGUUAAUCUCUUCCUGUUAGCCUUCAGACUGAGGAGACUGUCCAGGAAGUUAUGGCUAUCGUAUGUGCGCACCGCGAUCUUUGGCCCGGACACCUUGCGCUUCACGGCCAUGUUCGGUUCCUUCGUCUUUCUCUACAAGUUCAUAUUGAAUGCGCUACCUAUAUUGCGGCCCUCACCCACGCAUUCCCGCCGCCUGUCCUUCAGGGAGUCUGCACUGGAAGAGGAGGACGACUUGGAGGCAUCUGGAACGUCUACCCCGAUCACCCCCGGGUCCGCUACCCCUCUGGCCAUGACGCCGAGACGCCCUAUGCUGUCCGAGCGACGGCCGCGGCUAUCCCUGAGCGCGAGCGCCCAGCAGGUGCUGAUCAGGAAGCAGACGCGACGCUGGCAUGCCAUUGCUGCCGGCUCGAUCGCGGGUGCAGUUGCAGUCAUGUUCGAAAAACGGGCGAAUCGAGUGGCUGUUGCUCAGCAGAUGUUCGUGAGAGGACUGCAAGGCUCGUAUAAUGCCUUUACCUCGAAGCGAGGGAUCCGUGUACCCCACGGGGACGUCAUCGUGUUUUCUUUAUGCUGUGGGCAGAUCUUGUACGGCUUCCUCCUCCGACCCGACACCCUUCCACACUCUUACAACAAAUGGAUAGAAGCAGCGUCCAUGACACCUCCAGGAGCCAUCCGCAUGAAUCGAGAUCUCGUCAGGGACGGCAAAUUUAACAUUGCCGAUCUCGAAGGCAUCCUUCGCCGAGACGACGUUACCCCACACAACCGGACCGUUCUCCUUGAUCUCUACAAGAGCGCGACAUCGUCCUCGCCCUCGUACGGUCCCCACUUCGGUCCAUGUGAGGCCGUCCACCCGAUGAUCGAUUCGUGCAUGUGGCUGCCCCUUCCACGUUUUAUGGAUGUAUUCAAGUGGAUGCUCCCGAUCUACGGCGCACUGCACUUUAUCCCCAUGCUGCUGUUCAAGCGGGCGGCGUUCAUGAAGGACCCCAAGCAUAUGCUUCUCAGGGCGGGUUGGGGGACAACACGCAGUUCGGCGUUCUUGGGGACGUUUGUGUUGAUUUACCAAGCGUUUUUCUGCUUCAAGCAUUGGAUGUACUCAUCACUAUCUUCGAGACCCUCCUCACCCAUCCCACAGUGGCUGCUGAACAUGCUCAUUUCGAAGCCGUCAUUCUGGCUCGGCGGCCUCCUUGCGGGGUUGUCGCUGUUCGUUGAAGAGAAGAGGCGUCGCGGAGAGCUGGCGAUGUACGUCCUGCCCAAGGGACUGCAAAGCGCGUGGGUGAUGGCGCGGGGUAAGGGCCUCGUGUUCAAGACGGGGAAAUUUGGCGAGCCGCUGCUGACGGCACUCGGUAUGGGAAUGGUCAUGAGUAUCUAUCAGAACGACCCGCAGUAUCUGUCUGGUCUUGUCCGGCGGAUUCUGUACCAAUUCAUCGGCCCGAAUUGAGAUGGGCACUUCCGAACACAUAUCUGAUGAUAAGACGAGAGGCAGGAAAGGAAUUACAGUCCUGAAGGAUCAUCGAAACGCGAGUACCCAUCAACUUAUAUGUAAUAAUGUAAUCAUUGCUCGAUACCAUUUACACUGGCCACACCAAUAUAGCCAUAGCUCAGUCGG